AUGGUCGGCAUAACGCGGAGACCUGACGGGUCAGAAGAUUCAGGCUAUGGAAGCGUGUCUUCAGCCAGUUCUCCCACCACGAUAGAGCGUUGGAUGGCUAGCAAGGACAAGUUUUGCAUCGCUGCCAAUGGACAAAUUCCAAUUACUUGGCUUUCAAGAGAGUUACAAGUUAGCCCCGAGUUAAAGGGCCCUUAUGACAGACACAUCUUACCGCAUAUUUCUGAUAUCUUUGCCGCCCAUGGGAUCUCGUUUGCCGGAGAGAGGCUAAGUCGCCUCCAGCCGAAGGAGGAGGCUUAUGAAACUAAGGAUGUUAUAUCGAUCUCUACGUGGGACAGAAGACCGAGAAAAGCAUGGUACGAUGCUGCGAAUGACGUGCUGGCCAAAGUCAAAGAGAACCUUCCCAACCGACUGUUAUCGUCUAUCCAAGUCCUAGUUUCUAACGUUGAUGAGAUGUAUCAGGACAUUUCGAGUGCUCUGCCCAAUGAUCCGUCUAUCAUCGAACCUCUUGAACAGGUCAAGGACCGGAUCGUGGAAGAAGUCUCUACUUCAAUGACCAAUGUCUGGUCAUCCAUCUCCUUCCACAUGCGGCGCUCCCGGCAUGACUUCGGUGCACCGCGAAAACCCACGGUCAUCGUCUUCUGCCACCCCCUCUCAGUGUACGAUUUUGCAGCGGCCGAAGACCGGCUUCUUGAGAUUCUAAAUGCCGUGGAGAUCCAGGUGUACCUGGAGUUUAUUCCAGGAAGAGUCGUUCUUGCGAAUCCAGGGUUCAUACGGAGAGCUAUGCGUCAUGAACCAGAACUGCUUCCCGAAAACCCGGUGAAUGGGAGUUCAAUCGGUGUCAAGGGGCGGGCUACCGAGGCUGGAACCCUAGGGGGCUGGUUGACACUCAAUCUUCCCCAGGAAAAACGACAAAUAAAGUGCGCCCUUACCUGCUACCAUGUUGUUAGGAGUGACGACCCUAGUGCCACAGUCCAUACCGAUUCACAUGGGGUCCAUUGGAGUGAUCAACGUGGACGUCUAACUAUUGAGUAUCCAGCAGCCCUUGACGCAAAAGCUGCCAUGGAUCGGUUGGAUGAACUAUGCCAGCUUGAACCUGAAGCCCAAGAUCUUCAGCACCAGCGAAAUAUGAUAUCGCGACUUAUGUCAGGCCCAGGGAUUGGAAAAGUUCUACUCGCAUCAGGAUAUCAGGUUCGCAAUAACCACAGGCUAGACUGGGCACUAGUGGAGAGCCCAGAAACAUUUUCGUACAAUAAACCUCCUUCCAUCAACCAAGACAAGUCCUUUAAAUUACCAAUGACUGGCCCUAGAUACAACUCACACCCUGAUGCCAAAGUAAAGCAGCUUGAUUUUGUGAAGGAAGGGGACUGGGUUGUCAAGUCUGGCCGAACUACAUUAACCUCUGCAACCGUUAGUUCCAUGAAGGCAGUGACAUGGGCUUCUGGGUACACUACUGAAGAGAUCGAGCUCAUCUCUGAAGACGCUGAUGUUGCAGCCGAAGGUGAUAGUGGGUCUUUCGUCAUCAAUGUGCGCGGAGACUUAGUUGGGUUACUAUUCGCGGUAAAUAAGCAGUCAGGCCGGUUUGAUACUGCGUACAUGACCCCCUUCAGUCUAAUUCAAGACCAAAUCAAGGAGAUGACGGAUGGGGGUUUUUUAAGCUUGGACUAA